AUGAGGCUGAACGGGGACGCAACGCCGAGGAACGAACAGGGUAAGGAGAUCGAGAGGGGGGCUCUGCAGCAGCAGCCGAAGCUGGUCGUUGGCUACGCCUUGACCUCGAAGAAGGUCAAGAGCUUCCUCCAGCCGAAUUUAGAGGGAUUGGCCAGGUAGUCAAGAGCUUCCUACGCCUUGUGGAUUUGCGCUCUGUUGGUCACCAGAAACUCGUGGUGUGGUGCCAGUCUUUUCUUUCAAUAAUUUAGGACGGAGAUUGAUUAUCAGGAUGCAACAGUAGUACGCGGAAAAGCAAUAUUUUUCCUUGAUGAUAAGUUUUUUUUCAUUGUGGGCAGACUGAUUCUUGAAUAAUCUUUUUAGUGUGAUGCUAUGAACAUCCAUUUGUCUAUCUCCAGCACUCGCCCUUCCAGAUCUUCGUGCCCUCCUGAAUUUACAUCUAGAUUUUUUCCACCAACUUCUCACGCUCUUAUCUUCUUCGAUUUCUUUGUCAAAUGUUCUAUGCUCACUCUUUAUGUCUUGAAGUAAUGCUUUGGGAAACCUUUUUGCGAAUAUGCCGCAGGAAGAAGGGGAUAUCAUUCGUGCCCAUUGACCAAAGUCGGCCUCUUUCAGGUCAAGGGCCCUUUGACAUUGUUCUACACAAGGUGAGCUCAUGCUAUCUGUUCUGAUACUCGGUCCUUUUUUCUCCAUAUUUCGCUAUGAAAUGUCAUAGUUCCACAGGAUUCAUCUUUUUUCUUUUUUCUCGGUGGGAUAAUAAGUUAUUUUUUGAUGCAGCUCCGGGGGAAGAAUUGGCAGCAAAACCUUGAGGUUAGUCAUUUAUGAAGAAUUAGAAUUCUCUCUCUCUCUCUCUCUCUUAGAACCAUGCUUUUAUUACACAAAAGUUUUGUAGAUAACUGCAUUUCAAUAUACGUCAUGAUCAUAAACAUAGAUGAGCACAUUAUCUUUGACAUUGCCGAUUAAAGCGCUCAAUCAGCCCAUUGAACCUCAUAUUAUCAGGGAAAAGUAUGAAGAUUAAUGGAAAUUUAUAUCAGAAAUGGGCAUUAUAUUUGUUUAAUUUAUUUUUUUAAAGAAAUAAGCCUCUGAAUCUGUUGUUCAGACAAAAGCUCCACAAGUCCAGCUGUUUCUUCAUGGGAUGCUGAGUUUCCUUCGGAUAAGAAUGCGCUGUAACUUGAUAACUUCUGAAAUCAAGCCCACUUGAGGCAUUCGUGUCUCCACUGCCUCAAGAUGUGAAUUUAAUAUAACCAAGUGUUUUUUAAUUCCCAUGUGAUGCUAAUUUCCGAUUAUUCAUUCAUUUUUUUAUAUUUUUUAUGUAUGUUGAAGGAUUAUGUGGAGCAGCAUCCCGAGGUCACUGUCCUUGAUCCACCGGAAGCCAUACAGCACCUGUGCAACAGACAGUCAAUGCUCCAGGAUGUGGCCGAUCUGGACCUGUCCGACUGGCACGGUAAGGCCUCACAUGCCUGACAAGUACCCAUAGACGUUUGUUUUUUAUUUUGACUUUUAAACUAGAUUAUUCCUCCCAGAUUCUCUGGGCCGAUAAAAGUUCAUCUUUUUCUUUCUGGGUUUCGAUGGAAAUUAAUGGUGCUGCCAUUUUAUACCCGGCCCUUCUUCUGACUUCUGUAAUGAAACUGCCGUUUUUUCUCUUCUUGCUCAUCGAAGGUGGUACCCUCUUCUCGUUUGUUUUGUGUUUUAUCCUCCUUUAUCUUUGACUUUACCACUUUUAGAAUACUUGGGUUUGUUUGUAUUAUGUUGAUUGACUUUUAUCUUGGUCAGCGUUACAAUUUGAUUUGAUUGCAGGUAAAGUCAGCGUUCCUAAGCAAGUUGUCAUCCCCAAGGAUCCGUCAUCGAUUCCUGAAGCUGUCUCUAAGGCGGGUCUGACUCUUCCUUUGAGUAAGCCGUUGCUUCUUCUGUAGCUAAUAUAUUAUUAGAUUCGCCCGGUUUGGCCAUUUCGUGGGUUAUUCUGCUUUAAUAGAACCGAAAGAGCUGCUAAUCUUUGCAUUCUAUUUUUUUUUUUUUAAUCUAUUUUCUGAUUCUUCUUGGUGCCACUGAUUGCUGAACUGUUUUAUCUUCUUCUUCUUCUUCUUUAGUCGCAAAGCCGUUGAUUGUCGAUGGAACUGCCAAGUCCCAUGAACUUUUUCUCGCUUACGACCAGUUCUCUCUCUCCCUCCUCGAACCGCCCCUGGUGCUACAGGAAUUCGUCAACCAUGGUACAUUCUAGGAAGCAUCCAAGUUGACCGAAGGGGAAAAAGUCAACUCCAGCGUCGCAAUCUGAUUGUGCCCUCCCUUUGCAGGAGGUGUUCUAUUCAAAGUCUUCAUCGUAGGAGACGCAAUAAAGGUCGUGCGGCGCUUCUCUCUCCCAGAUGUCACCAAGCAGGAUCUCUCCCACAGUUCUGGUGUCUUCCGAUUCCCUCGGGUUUCUUGCUCGGCGGCUUCAGCGGACGACGCCGACCUGGAUCCCGGCGUCUCCGGUGAGCCCGCCGGAGGCCCUUUGAAUGCUUCGGACCAUGUUUCUGUGCAUAUAUCGUCUCUGUGUAUAACCCCUCGACUGUCCUGCAGAGCUCCCCCCGCGUGCUCUGCUGGAGAGGCUUGUGAAUGAGCUCCGAUGGAGGCUGGUAGCUCGCUUUUCUUCUCAAAAAGAAUUUUUUUUGUGAUAAUUUUGCUGCUCCAUGGAUCGAGUCUGAUUGGUGAUCGACAGGGUCUGCGAUUGUUCAACAUUGAUAUCAUCAGGGAGCAUGGAACCAAGGACCGUUACUAUGUCAUCGAUAUCAACUAUUUCCCCGGUAAAUUUGGUCGAUUUCCUCUAGGGCAUCGAACUUAACCCAGAUUUUCUUCAUCCAACGACCUGAAUCCUCAAGUUUUCUUUAAAAAAAAUUGUAGGGUACGGGAAAAUGCCCGGAUAUGAGCACAUCUUCACCGAAUUCCUGCUGGGUCUCGUUCGUGGCAACUAUAAGUGA